GCAUAAUAAUUUUCCUUCUAUCCAAUCACAUCUCGCCGGUUUCAGUAUUGAAUAAAUAUGAUCGUUUAAGGAGUUUGCGUUCACAACCCCAACCAUUUCAAAGCAGAUUUCAGAUAUGGAGUUCAGUUCGCAAGAAUGGCAAUCGCGUUUAGCCAACCUUUUCAAUUCUUCCAUCCCAGAUAUUCAGGAUCAGGGACCUUCUUUGAACGRUCACAACGUUGUUGAAAACACUGUUGUUCAGCAUCAAGAGGUUCCUAACACUUUCGAAACAUUAGAUCUUGAAAUGCUUGCUGAUCCAUCCGCCGAGCUUUAUCAACUUGAUGAAAACAUAUUGAGUGGAGCGAAUGCGCUCUGCGCACCACAAGAGGAACAACAAAACAGCAAAAGAUUCCAUUGCGAUCAAUGUGAUAAAACGUUCGCCCAUGACAGUGCGCUGAAACGACACACUCGUCAGAAGCAUCAAAUGACAAGUAAAAUGAAUUGUUCCAAAUGUGGAAUCAAAAUAUCCAGGCGCGACAAUUUAAAAAGACACGAGCUGAAAUGUAUUAAGAGAAAAAGACGUUCAGAAGACGAUGGCAGUCAAGCUGAAAGAAAAAAAAACCGAUCAGAGCAAGAAGUAAUUGAAUACGAGUUGGCAAAUAUCCCUCAAGAAAUGUACAACAGAUACGAUGGACCAUGGUUGGAUGAUGAAGAUUUGGAGAAUUUACAAGUUGGUGGUGGAGACGAAGAACAAGAGGAAUGCGCUCUCGAACAAAAUGCGACUGUAUUCAAAUAUAUUCCCAACAAACACGAAAAAACGGAUUUACUCCUCACCCUGCAAGGAAAAAAGGAAAAGAUUAUAAAACAGAUCCAAAAACAACUCAAAAAGCAUCGAGGUAUAAAGUGGUCCCUAUGUUCCAAAGUGAGAAUGAUCAAAUCAGCACCCGAAGAAGAAGACCACAUUGCUACUCCACAUUUCCGAAGCCGGUGUCAAACCACCACCGAUCCUCACACUUUAGAACACCAAUACAAUGAAGCURUGGRAAAAAUGAAAAACUCAUUCCUCGAGUACCAGAGAGAGGGCAGCGGCUGGCAACUGGAUGAGGUUCUCCACUUGGAGUUGAAUGUUGUGACAUACAACCCACUUCAUGGCUCAAGCUAUCUUCCCCUUCCCAAGAGGAUUAAAGACAAAAAGGCGGUCCUGAACAUCCAAAAUGAAGACCAGAAAUGUUUUCUGUGGUCGGUGGUGGCAGCACUCCAUCCCGUCCAAAGGUCCGCUAACCCACAACGUGUUCACCACUACAAAAAGUAUGAACACGAGCUCAACAUGGAGGGAGUAGAUUACACAGUUCAAGUCAAGCAAAUCUCUAAAGUUGAACGUCAGAACAACAUCAGUAUCAAUAUCUUUGGUUUCGAAGACAAUGAACUGUUCCCGCUUUACAUUACCAAAGAAAAACAAGUAACGCAUAUUAAUUUACUAUUAUAUUCAUAUGAAGAUAAGAGACAUUAUUGUCUCAUCAGAAAUUUUAGUAGAUUAAUGGGUAGUUUAACAAAUCACAACGGAGAACGAUAUUACUGUGUCUACUGUUUGCAUGGUUUUGUCCGGCAAGCUUUGUUGGAAGACCACGAAUCCCGCUGUGGUCGGCAUGGACCCCAACGGAUUCGGUUGCCAGAUAAAGACCACGCAACGUUGUCGUUCAAAGAGGUACAGAAGCAGCUCAAAGUCCCUUGCAUCAUUUAUGCAGAUUUUGAGUCUAUUUUAGUCCCGUGUGCUUCUUCCCCUUUGGACGAUAACAUGAGUGGAACACAGAAAACUCAGCAUCAUCAGCCCUGUGGGUUUGGGUAUGUUGUGGUCUCCACUGUUGAGCAGUUAAACCAAGCUCCAGUGAUUUAUAGAGGGAAAGACUGUGUCGAUAGGUUUUUGCAGUGUUUGUUAGAGGAAGAAAAACGGAUUUCAGCGGUUCUUGAGCAGGUGGCUCCCAUGAUCAUCACAGAGGAGCAGGAGUGUGAAUUUCAAAAUGCCACUCAUUGUCACAUUUGCAAUCACCUGCUUGGGGCCGAUAGAGUUCGCGAUCACUGUCACGUGACCGGAUAUUACCGUGGCCCCGCCCACAAUGAGUGCAAUUUGAACUACAAGUUUUCUGGGAAGCUUCCUGUAAUCUUUCAUAACCUUAGAGGGUAUGACGAGCAUCUGGUGAGUUGCAUUGCAAACAAUCCAGAAAAGUAUAUCUCCUUUUCGGUGGGYAAUCUCGUUUUCAUUGACUCCCUUCAGUUUUUAAAUAGUUAUUUGGAGCGUCUAGUGGAUAAUCUCAGCAAAGAGGUCGUGGAAAAAUUUAAGACAUUGGCACGGUAUGUGGACGAGGACAAGGUUCCUCUCCUCUUGCGCAAGGGCGUUUAUCCUUACGAAUAUUUAGAUUCCUUUGAAAAGUUUGAAGAACCUCAGUUGCCUAGCAUAGAUUGUUUUUUCAGCUCGUUGGCCGGAAGUUCUGUCUCUGUACCUGAUUACGAGCAUGCUCAAGAGGUCUUUCACACUUUUCAGUGUCAGAAUUUAGGUGAUUACCAUGAUUUGUACUUAAAGUCGGAUAUUCUCCUGUUGGCCGAUGUUUUUGAGAAUUUUCGCCUAAUCUGUCUAGAAUAUUAUCAGUUGGAUCCAGGUCACUUUUUCACGGCUCCCGGUUUGUCAUGGGCUGCCUGUUUGAAAAUGACAGAGGUCGAAUUAGAACUCUUAAGAGAUCCGGAUAUGUAUCUGUUUAAAUAA